CUCGAUAGACCGUUCGUUUAUGUAUUUGACAACUAGCUAGAUAGAUAGAUAUCUAAACUAUAGGCCAGCUGAUUGAUUGGUGUGCCGCGCGUUGUGGCUGCCUCUUGACACCAAAACGACUGGCAGGUUUCAAAACAACAUGCAUUGAGUGUUGGCAAACAAAGGCCAGGGAAAAUGGCGACUGUGGAAUGGAUGGAAGACGAAAGUGAGCAAUAAUUCAAUGCAACGAUUAAAGUGCAUAUCGUUUGCAUUUACACCGUUAAAAGAGUUCAGCUGCAGAAAUGUCUGAUCUGACCGGUAUUGAUGAAGAGGAGAAAGAUGCAGAUCCUGUGAUCGACCCCUUAGAUCUCCUUCAAGAUCUAAUGAGAAAUCAGAUGCCCUUGUUUAUAGAAACAUUGGACAGACCUCAGACAUCUCCUCUGAGAGAAAAUAGCAGUGUCCUUGAUGUUCUCUCAAACACAAAUGUGUUGUCUGUGAAUGGACCUUCUUCACACCAAGCCUUCGAAUCAGAUGAACUCAACAGCUUGUCAACAGAAAAGGGGGAGGAAAAGAGUAUUACUCAGUUGAAGACUGUGCAGGACAUUGACACUACAGGGAUAUGGGGUUUCGAUGUGGAAUCUUCAGAGAACUCAAUGGAUAAUUAUGAGGGUCCCCUGAGCUGGGACCCUCAGAGAGAAUUCAUGCAGUUUCUGUGGGACAACCACGAUGAUUCUCCCGUGGAGGAGCUACCAAAGGCAGAUCCUCCCUCAAACAGCCAAAGGAGGAGGAAACGCAAAAUGGACAUGGUGGUCAUGGUAGAUCCCUCAGAGGAUCUUUACUCUGAUUUGAGCCUCAAGUCAACAAAGGAUGUGUUUGAUGAAGAGGAUCAAGAAGACCCUCUUCCCAUCAACAAGGUCCAAUCCUUGAGAAAACGCAACAAACCUCAAUCACCGACAACGAAAAAAGCACAGUAUCCCAAUGGAACUGUAGAGGCCAUCAAGCAACUUAUUUUCAAUGCGCCUGCAAGAAAUCCACAUGAAAAAAGCGUGGCUCACAGGCUUAGACCGCUGAAAGGGAAACCUCUGACUGACUCUUGUUCAGAGGAGGAGCCAUUGUUUUUUCCUUGCACAAAGUGCAACAUCAAUUUCAAGGAGAAGAACCAUCUGCACCGGCACAUGAGGACUCACACAGAUCCGCCCAGUCUGAUCAACAUUCCAAAGCCUUUUAUAUGCAGAGAGUGUGGCCAGUCGUUCCGCUUUCGCAAUUCCCUCCUUCGACAUAUGACCAUUCACCAGGAGAGAAGAGAGAGACUCAUGGAGGAGAUCAAGGGCAUGAAUGAAUUGAAGGAUGAGGGCACAGAUGCAAGGCUACAGUGCCCCCAGUGCACUUUUGGAACAAAUUGUCCAAAUACAUUUGUUCAACAUGCCAAGACUCAUGAGAAGGACAAGCGGUACUACGACUGUAAGACUUGUAACUAUAUGGCUGUGACUGUGUUGGAACUUGAGAGACACGAGAACAAAGAACACAGUCUCUGUAAAAACCAGGACGAGCCAGAUAAACCCAGAGUGUUUAGGUCAAAGGAAGAUGAUAAAACACCUCAUUCCUACUCCUGUAACCAUUGUUCUUAUGGCACCUCAAGCAAAAACAUCUUUAAAAAUCAUCUUGAGAUUCGUCAUAAUCAGACAUACAAGGAAUAUGAAGUUUUCCAGAGUAGAGAAAGAAAUGAGUAUGCACAACCACCUUCUGAGAAACACCUCCCCAUUAGAAAACCCACAGUAGUAAAUUCAUUUUCUUCAGAGCUGACAUCAAAAUUAUCUGUGAAAAAACUGGCUAUCAGAAAAAGAACAGAUUUUCCUUGUGAUUCAAAUGACAUUUCUGAUCUUUUCAAAAAGGAUAAGAUAGUUCACAGAGCGCAAAGGGGCUUCAAGUCUCAACCCACAGAGUCAAAACUUGACAAGUCAAUAAAUAAUCUGUUGUCUCGACAAAGACGUGACAAUCAGAGGAAUAAAGACUUUGAUGUCACCACAGGGUUUUCUUUUGUCGAGGACACAAAUGGUGACAUUGAUCAUGAUUUUGGACGAAUUUCAGAAAAUCCCAAUUCUUCUUCAAAUGGCCACAAACGUUUAUUGGCAUCUAAGUUGGAGAAUAAUAUCUUAAAUUCUGGAUGUGAUUCCGGUUUAAGUGAAGGUAUUAGUGCAGACCUCAACAGCAAGCAUGUCUCUAAACUUGUCAUAAAAAUGCCAGUUAUGAAAAAAUUACCUUCCAAAAGAAAAAUGUCCACCCCUUAUCACAAUACCGUUGACCAGGACUCUUGCUUAAUUUUACCAAAACAUUUGCAAAGUCCGGUGGAGGAGAUGGAAGAGGAAGACAGUGAUAAUAAGGAUAUCUUCCAGUAUAGUGAUGACGCCACAGAUGCCAACAACAAAAUUCUCGAUAAAAGUGAAAUCAAGCAAGAGAAACCGUACAUUGGUAAUUCCUUUAGCAGAAGAAUGUCUAUGAAGGGAGUCCUUGGAACCUCUGAAGACCUGUUUGAGAAAGGUCAAGACAGGCAUUCUCAGCAGAAGCCUGUUAUCAAGGAAGAGUGCAUAGAAACACAGGUUUUUGGAGAGAACCUUGCGCCCAACUCGGUGCCACUAAGUGAAUCCUUUUUAGAUGCUGAUUCGGAAGGUGGUGGGGAACGGAAGACCUGUCCUUACUGUCCUGCAGAGUUCGAGUCAGGUGUGGGAUUAUCCAAUCACGUGAGAGGACAUCUGCAUAGAGUUGGACUGAAUUACAAUGCACGCCAUGUGGUAUCACGAGAGCAGGUGGCUUCUCAAGACAGGAAACCUCGCAUCCGUCGAAGGAUGGGUGCAAUACGACUGAAAAAAGCACCCAAGUUUGGGUCUGAGGGCACUCCUGUCCAAGGGCACUCCUGUCCAUUAUGUGGGGACUCUUUUGAUAAUAAGACUGGGCUAUCUAACCAUGUUCGGGGCCAUCUGAAACGGCUCGGGAAAACCAUUGCCACUAAGUCCAAGUCCCCAAUGUUGUUGCUCCGGGAGCUGAUGCGUGACAAGAGAGAGUUCCAGAGAGCUCUGCAGAUUCUGGGCAAGAAACGGAUCCCCUCCCAUUCCAGAAUCCCCUCAAAGCAGGCCACCUCUAAUCACCUGACAUCCCCUAAACGGAAUCUCAUUCAGAACCUCUACAACAAUGCCAAACCACUGGUGCCCAUGUAUUCUCUAUCAGGGGAAACAUUGGAUAAGAAACAGGCAGAGACUAAGUUGGAGGUAAAGGGUUCACUCUCGAGUGCCUUGAUAGGAAUUCUGAAGAAGAGGAAGUGUCAGGAGGACUCAAAGUUGAGAACUUCAUCUCAAACGGCAAGAAACGCCCUGUCAGUUUCCCCCACCAGCGAGCACAGUAGAGGAGCACAAGUCAACUCAACACUCUCAAACUCUACAUCGGAGAAAGGUGAAUUCAACAGGAAGGUGUGUGUCCAUUGCAAUGCAACCUUCCACAGCGGUGUUAGUCUGUCCAAUCACUUGCGGGCAUACGCAAAGCGAAAGAGGACUGCCUUGCUGGAGGGAACAACGUAUGACUGUAAACAAAGGAGGCAGAGAUCAAGGCCUGGUUCCAAGAAGAAGACGUCCCCCACUAUGCCACACGCACCAGAGGAGAUGUAUAGACUAACCUGCAGAUUCUGUGACCUAGUCUUCCAGGGUCCCUUGUCGGUCCAGGAGGACUGGAUAAAGCAUCUACAAAGGCACAUUAUGAACGCCAGUGUCCCCCACACAGGAGCAGGCAUGAGGGAGGUCACCUCACUGCCCAGGGACCCCUCCUCCCCCACCUCUGACAGACAGACCCCAUCACUGGCAACUCACACUGCCUCCUAAGCCAAGGUUUAAAAAAUGAUAUAUUUUGGUUCAGCUGAGUGUGUGUUUGUACAUUGGAUGUUCCUUCAGUUUUAUACAGUCAUAAUUGCCACUCUUACAACACACAAUUUCAGGAGUUUGACUACCUGAUCUCUUAAAACACAUUUUUAUUUGUGGUAUAUUGUUACAUUUUAUCAGCAUUUUAAAUGUCCCAUGUUAGGAAUAUGAUUCCAUGUGGGCUGACUGUUUUCUUGUGUUUAUGCAGUAAUGUAGUGUGGAACCCAUUUAAAAUAGAGACAACUCUUACCUCAGAUUACUCAAUUCUCUGUCCAUUUGGUCCAGUUUGGGAGUACCCUUUCUCUGUAUAUUAAUAUAUUUACAUUUAUGCUACACAUGAAAACAUAAAAAUAGGACAAAUACAAUUAUCUUCUGUAUUUUAACAUGUAUUCAAAUCAUGAUCAUAUUGCUACCAUUUGUUUAUGUGGGGAGGGGGUUCUGGUAAAAAAAAAAAUAUCACAGAAAAUAAGGUUCAAAACAUGGAUGGCAGUUUUGGGGGGGGGAGUGUCACAUACUGCAGUUAUCUGCAUAUUAAUUAAAACUCCUAAAUGAAUAGGGUUUAUCAGCCACAGUUUGUGUUCAGUGAUGCAGUCAAAGCGUGGAUUGUUGCUGCCUUUCAUAACUGUCACCUAUAUUUCAUGUUUUUAAAUAAAAUUUGUUUAAAUGUAUAUCAUACCGAUAUGAUCCUGAAACAAUUUUUUGAUGUUCUAAAUAAAAACUAUGGUUUAGUCAUCUGGA